AUGGCCGCGCGGGCAGCAGCGGCAGCGGCGGCGGCGGCGCGGGCGCGGGCUGGCAGCGGCGAGCAGCGGGCGCCCCCCGGGCCGCGGCCGGCGCCCGGGGCCCGGGACCUGGAGGCGGGGGCGCGCGGCGCGGCGGCGGCGGCACCGGGACCCAUGCCGGGGGGCGGCGGCGACGGCAGCGGCCUGAAUAACGUGCACCACCACCCCCCGCACCCCCGUCACGAACUGAACAUGGCCCAUAACGCGAGCGCGGCGGCCACCGCCGCCGCCGCCGCCGCCGCCGCCGCCAGCGCUAACAGCGCCAAGAGCGGCGGCUCCGAGGCGGCUCUCAAGGAGGGUGGAAGCGCCGCCGCGCUGUCCUCCUCCUCCUCCUCCUCCGCGGCGGCGUCCUCCUCUUCCUCCUCGGCGGGCCUGGGCUCGGCCAUGGAGACGGGGCUGCUCCCCAACCACAAACUGAAAACCGUUGGCGAAGCCCCCGCCGCACCGCCCCACCAGCAGCACCACCACCACCACCAUGCCCACCACCUGCACCACCAUGCCCACCACCUCCACCGCCACCACCACGCACUACAACAGCAGCUAAGCCAGUUCCAGCAGCAGCAGCAGCAGCAGCGGCAGCAGCAUCCCAUUUCCAACAACAGUCUCAGCGGCGCGGGCAGUGGCACGGCUCAGCCCGGUCCCGACAUGGAGCAGCCGCAACAUGGAGGGGCCAAGGACAGUGCCGGGGGCAGCCAGGCCGACCCCCCGGGCCAGCCUCUGCUGAGCAAGCCGGGCGACGAGGACGACGCGCCGCCCAAGAUGGGGGAGCCGGCGGGCGGCCGCUACGAGCAGCCGGGCCUGGGCGCCCUGGGCGCGCAGCAGCAGCCGGUCGCCGUGCCCGGGGGCGGCGGCGGCGUCGGCGGCGGCGGCGGCGGCGGCGGUGGCGGCUGCGGCCCGGCGGCCGUCUCGGAGUUUAAUAAUUACUAUGGCAGUGCUGCCCCAGCUAGCGGCGGCCCCGGCGGCCGCGCUGGGCCUUGCUUUGAUCAACAUGGCGGACAACAAAGCCCCGGGAUGGGGAUGAUGCACUCCGCCUCAGCUGCCGCCGGAGCCCCCAACAGCAUGGACCCCCUGCAGAACUCCCACGAAGGGUACCCCAACAGCCAGUACAACCAUUAUCCGGGCUACAGCCGGCCCAGCGCGGGCGGCGGCGGCGGUGGAGGAGGAGGAGGAGGAGGAGGAGGCAGCGGAGGAGGAGGAGGAGGAGGAGGAGGAGCAGGAGCGGGAGCUGUGGCGGCGGCGGCCGCGGCGGCGGCGGCAGCAGCAGCAGGAGGCGGCGGCGGCGGCGGCGGCUAUGGGGGCUCGUCCUCGGGGUACGGGGUGCUGAGCUCCCCCCGGCAGCAGGGCGGCGGCAUGAUGAUGGGCCCCGGGGGCGGCGGGGCCGCGAGCCUCAGCAAGGCGGCCGCCGGCGCGGCGGCGGGGGGCUUCCAGCGCUUCGCCGGGCAGAACCAGCACCCGUCGGGGGCCACCCCGACCCUCAACCAGCUGCUCACCUCGCCCAGCCCCAUGAUGAGGAGCUACGGCGGCAGCUACCCGGACUACAGCAGCCCCAGCGCGCCGCCGCCGCCGCCGUCGCAGCCCCAGUCCCAGGCGGCGGCGGCGGCGGGGGCGGCGGCGGGCGGCCAGCAGGCGGCCGCGGGCAUGGGCUUGGGCAAGGACAUGGGCGCCCAGUACGCCGCUGCCAGCCCGGCCUGGGCGGCCGCGCAACAAAGGAGCCACCCGGCGAUGAGCCCCGGCACCCCCGGCCCGACCAUGGGCAGAUCCCAGGGCAGCCCAAUGGAUCCCAUGGUGAUGAAGAGACCUCAGCUGUACGGGAUGGGCAGUAACCCUCAUUCUCAGCCACAGCAGAGCAGCCCUUACCCGGCAGGUUCCUACGGCCCCCCAGGCCCACAGCGGUAUCCAAUCGGCAUUCAGGGUCGGACCCCGGGGGCCAUGGGAGGAAUGCAGUACCCACAGCAGCAGGUGCCGCCUCAGUAUGGCCAGCCAGGUGUGAGCGGUUACUGCCAGCAGGGCCAGCAGCCUUACUACAGCCAGCAGCCGCAGGCGCAGUACCUGCCGUCCCAGCCCCAGCAGAGGUACCAGCCGCAGCAGGAUAUGUCUCAGGAAGGCUAUGGAACUAGGUCUCAACCUCCUCUGGCUCCUGGAAAACCUAACCAUGAAGACUUGAACUUAAUACAACAAGAAAGACCAUCAAGUUUACCAGUUGAAGUCUUGACCUCGGAGGAUACUGCCUUUGGACUCAAGGACCUGUCUGGCUCCAUUGAUGACCUCCCCACGGGAACAGAAGCAACUUUGAGCUCAGCGGUCAGUGCAUCCGGGUCCACGAGCAGCCAAGGGGAUCAGAGCAACCCAGCUCAGUCGCCUUUCUCUCCCCACGCAUCUCCCCAUCUCUCCAGCAUCCCUGGGGGCCCGUCACCUUCUCCUGUUGGCUCCCCUGUAGGGAGCAACCAGUCGCGAUCCGGCCCGAUUUCUCCUGCAAGCAUUCCAGGCAGUCAGAUGCCUCCUCAGCCACCUGGGAGCCAGUCAGAAUCCAGCUCUCAUCCUGCCUUGAGCCAGUCACCAAUGCCACAGGAAAGAGGUUUUAUGGCAGGCACACAAAGAAACCCUCAGAUGUCUCAAUAUGGACCUCAACAGACAGGACCAUCCAUGUCGCCUCAUCCUUCUCCUGGAGGCCAGAUGCAUCCUGGAAUCAGUAGCUUUCAGCAGAGUAACUCAAGUGGGACUUACGGUCCACAGAUGAGCCAGUAUGGACCACAAGGUAACUACUCCAGACCCCCAACAUAUAGUGGGGUGCCCAGUGCAAGCUACAGCGGCCCAGGGCCCGGCAUGGGCAUCAAUGCCAACAGCCAGAUGCAUGGACAAGGGCCAAGCCAGCCGUGUGGUGCUAUGCCCCUGGGACGAAUGCCAUCGGCUGGGAUGCAGAACAGACCCUUUCCUGGAAAUAUGAGCAGCAUGACCCCUAGUUCUCCUGGCAUGUCUCAGCAGGGAGGGCCAGGAAUGGGGCCACCAAUGCCAACCGUGAACCGUAAGGCACAGGAGGCAGCUGCCGCAGUGAUGCAGGCCGCUGCGAACUCGGCACAAAGCAGGCCACCAUACAUUAGGUCGCCUGCUUAUCCCAGCCAGUCUGGGGCUGGCGGACGCCCCAUGUUUUCUUCCCAGCACCCCAACUAUGGCAGCUCUCAGGCUCCCAUGAUGAACCAGCCUGACCAGUACGGGCAAGGCGGCUUUCCCGGCGUGAAUCAGAGCGGACUCAUGGCUUCCAGCUCUCCCUACAGCCAGCCCAUGAGCAACAGCUCCGGGCUGAUGAACACCCAGGCGCCCCCCUACAGCAUGACGUCCAAUAUGGUGAACAGCUCAACAGCAUCUAUGGGUCUUGCAGAUAUGAUGUCUCCUGGUGAAUCCAAACUGCCCCUGCCUCUCAAAGCAGAUGGUAAAGAAGAAGGCACUGCACAGCCGGAGAGCAAGUCGAAGAAGUCCAGCUCAUCCACCACCACUGGGGAAAAGAUCACAAAGGUGUAUGAAUUGGGGAAUGAGCCAGAGAGAAAGCUGUGGGUAGACCGAUACCUCACCUUCAUGGAGGAGAGAGGCUCCCCGGUCUCAAGUCUGCCUGCGGUGGGCAAGAAGCCCUUGGACCUGUUCCGACUCUAUGUCUGCGUUAAAGAGAUCGGAGGUUUGGCACAGGUUAAUAAAAACAAGAAGUGGCGUGAGCUGGCAACCAACCUAAAUGUUGGGACGUCAAGCAGUGCAGCGAGCUCCCUGAAAAAGCAGUAUAUUCAGUACCUGUUUGCCUUUGAGUGCAAGACUGAGCGAGGGGAGGAGCCCCCGCCGGAAGUCUUCAGCACGGGAGACACCAAGAAGCAGCCGAAGCUCCAGCCGCCCUCUCCUGCUAACUCAGGAUCCUUGCAAGGCCCACAGACUCCCCAGUCAACCGGCAGUAACUCCAUGGCAGAGGUUCCAGGUGACCUGAAGCCACCUACUCCGGCCUCCACCCCUCACGGACAGAUGACCCCAAUGCAAGGUGGAAGAAGCAGCACAGUCAGUGUCCACGACCCAUUCUCAGACGCAAGUGAUGCAUCGUUCCCAAAACGCAACGCCAUGACCCCGAGCGCCCCGUAUCAGCAGGGCGUGAGCAUGCCGGAAGUGAUGGCCAGGAUGCCCUACGAGCCCAACAAGGACCCCUUUGGAGGAAUGAGAAAAGUGCCUGGCAGUAGUGAGCCGUUUAUGACGCAAGGACAGAUACCCACCAGCAGCAUGCAGGACAUGUAUAACCAGAGCCCGUCUGGAGCGAUGUCCGGUCUAGGCAUGGGGCAGCGGCAGCAGUUUCCCUAUGGAGCCAGUUACGAUCGGAGGCAUGAACCUUACGGGCAGCAGUACCCAGGCCAAGGCCCUCCCUCAGGACAGCCACCAUAUGGAGGACACCAGCCGGGCCUGUAUCCACAGCAGACGAAUUACAAGCGCCAUAUGGAUGGCAUGUAUGGGCCUCCAGCCAAACGCCACGAGGGAGACAUGUACAACAUGCAGUACAGCAACCAGCAGCAGGAGAUGUAUAACCAGUACGGAAGCUCCUACUCCGGACCCGACCGGAGGCCCAUCCAGGGACAGUACCCGUACCCCUACACCAGAGAGAGGAUGCAAGGCCCGGGGCAGAUGCAGGCGCACGGGAUCCCGCCUCAGAUGAUGGGGGGCCCGAUGCAGUCGUCCUCCAGCGAAGGGCCUCAGCAGAGUAUGUGGGCGACACGCAACGAUAUGCCUUAUCCCUACCAGAGCAGGCAGGGCCCCGGCGGCCCUGCACAGACACCGCCUUACCCGGGCAUGAACCGCACGGACGACAUGAUGGUACCCGAUCAAAGGAUAAACCACGAGAGCCAGUGGCCUUCCCACGUCAGCCAGCGUCAGCCUUACAUGCCCUCUUCGGCCUCCAUGCAGCCCAUCACGCGCCCGCCUCAGGCAUCCUACCAGACGCCACCGUCGCUGCCAAAUCACAUCUCCAGGGCGCCCAGCCCCGCCUCCUUCCAGCGCUCCCUGGAGAGCCGCAUGUCUCCCAGCAAGUCCCCCUUCCUGCCCUCCAUGAAGAUGCAGAAGGUCCUGCCCACCGUCCCCGCGGCCCAGGUCACGGGGCCGGCCCCCCAGCCGCCCCCAGUCAGAAGGGAGAUCACCUUUCCUCCUGGCUCUGUGGAAGCAUCACAGCCCGUCUUGAAACAAAGGCGGAAGAUUACCUCAAAAGAUAUCGUUACUCCUGAGGCCUGGCGUGUGAUGAUGUCCCUUAAGUCAGGUCUUCUGGCUGAAAGUACUUGGGCUUUGGACACUAUUAAUAUUCUUCUAUAUGAUGACAGCACUGUCGCUACUUUCAAUCUCUCCCAGUUGUCCGGAUUUCUCGAACUUUUAGUAGAGUACUUUAGGAAAUGCCUGAUUGACAUUUUUGGGAUUCUUACGGACUAUGAAGUGGGAGACCCCAGCCAAAAAGCACUUGAUCACAAUGUGGUAAAGAGAGGUGACAGCCAGUCCUUGGGCGACGGUUCUGGGAAAGAGGAAGAAGAUGCCGAAUGUAUCGAUGAGGAGGAGGACGAGGAGGAGGACGAGGAGGAGGACGGUGGGAAGACGGAGAUUGAGGACAGGAGCAGCUCGGCUUUGGCCUCCCCCGAUGCCACCGCGGAUCCAAAGGAGAAGCCCAGGCAAGCCAGUAAGUUCGACAGGCUGCCGAUAAAGAUAGUCAAAAAGAACAACCUGUUUGUCGUCGACCGUUCUGACAAGCUGGGUCGUGUCCAGGAGUUCAGCAGUGGACUUCUGCACUGGCAGCUCGGUGGGGGGGACACCACCGAGCACAUCCAGACUCACUUUGAGAGCAAGAUGGAAAUUCCCCCUCGCAGGCGUCCACCUCCCCCUUUAAGCUCCACAGGUAGAAAGAAAGAGCAAGAAGGCAAAGGGGAUUCUGAAGAGCAGCAAGAGAAGAGCAUCAUUGCAACCAUCGAUGAUGUCCUGUCUGCUCGGCCAGGGGCUCUUCCUGAAGACACAAACCCUGGUGCCCAAACCGAGAGCAGUAAGUUUCCCUUUGGAAUCCAUCAAGCCAAAAGUCACCGCAAUAUCAAGCUGCUGGAGGACGAGCCGAGGACCCGGGACGAGGCCCCGCUCUGCACCGUCGCGCACUGGCAGGACUCGCUGGCUAGGCGCUGCAUCUGCGUGUCGAAUAUCGUCCGGAGCCUGUCUUUUGUGCCUGGGAAUGACGCUGAAAUGUCCAAACAUCCAGGCUUGGUGCUGAUCCUGGGGAAGCUGAUUCUGCUUCACCACGAGCAUCCCGAGAGGAAGCGAGCGCCGCAGACCUAUGAGAAGGAGGAAGACGAGGACAAAGGGGUGGCCUGCAGCAAGGACGAGUGGUGGUGGGACUGCCUCGAGGUCUUAAGGGAUAACACGUUGGUCACCCUGGCCAACAUUUCUGGGCAGCUAGACUUGUCUGCUUACACGGAAAGCAUCUGCUUGCCAAUACUGGAUGGCUUGCUGCACUGGAUGGUGUGCCCGUCGGCAGAGGCACAGGACCCCUUUCCCACUGUGGGACCCAACUCUGUCCUGUCGCCUCAGAGACUUGUGCUGGAGACGCUCUGUAAACUCAGCAUCCAGGACAACAACGUGGACCUGAUCUUGGCUACGCCUCCGUUUAGCCGUCAGGAGAAAUUCUAUGCCACGUUAGUUAGGUACGUUGGGGACCGCAAAAACCCAGUCUGUCGAGAAAUGUCCAUGGCGCUCUUAUCGAACCUCGCCCAAGGGGACGCGCUGGCUGCAAGGGCAAUAGCUGUGCAGAAGGGAAGCAUCGGGAACUUGAUAAGCUUCCUAGAGGAUGGGGUCACGAUGGCCCAGUAUCAGCAGAGCCAGCAUAACCUCAUGCACAUGCAGCCCCCGCCUCUAGAGCCCCCUAGCGUGGACAUGAUGUGCAGGGCGGCCAAGGCUCUGCUGGCCAUGGCCAGAGUGGACGAGAACCGCUCAGAGUUCCUCCUGCACGAGGGUCGAUUGCUGGAUAUCUCGAUAUCAGCCGUCCUGAACUCUCUGGUCGCGUCUGUCAUCUGUGAUGUACUGUUUCAGAUUGGGCAGUUAUGACAUCAGUGAGAAGGCAGCAUGUGUGAGUGAAGACUAGAGGCUCCCGUAUAACUGGCUGUUUUCUGUUCUUGUUUCUCCAGUGUAGGAAGAUGGAAAGAAAAUCUUUGCUCCUCUGCCCCAUCCACUAUUUACCAAUUGGGAAUUAAAGAGAUAAUUAAUUCGAACAGUUAUGAAAUUAAUAUUUGCCGUCUGUGUGUAUAAGUACAUCCUUUUGGGGUUUUUUUAUUUUGUUGUUUUUUUUUUUUUAACCAAAGUUGCUGUCUAGUGCAUUCAAAGGUCACUUUUUGUUUUCACCGAUUUUCUUUUUAAUGUGCUUUUCCAUGUCUUACUGCAUUUUUUGGGAAGCGAAUUGACUUUAAAGAAAAAAGUUAUGGUAAAAGAUGCUGAGAUGGGAAAAUUUCACCACACUGAGGCAAAAAGGUGGAAAAUUAUCAAUUUCCUAUCUGUGUUAUUCUUCAAAUAAUGAAAAAAUAAAAACUGUAUCCCAUCGCCCAAAGCUCUGUGCAAUAGAAACUUCUAGAGAUGUAGGUAUAGGGGCUCACGGAGGUGUGUCAGUCAGCAGUCAAAGUAGGAAAUGAUACUGGUUUCUCCACAGGAAAAUGGUUACAUUAGGCUAGGAGCAAAAACAAUGUUUCUUUAAGUUAAGAUGGAAAACACAUACCUGACAACGAUCAACAGAAAUUGCUUCCUCACCACUACCGUCAUGUCUGCUGUCUGUUGUUUGACCUUCCACAUGACAGUUCUUCACAAUUCCUUUAAUCAUUUUUUAAAUAUUUUUUUUACUGCCUAUGGGCUGUGAUGUAUAUAGAAGUUGUACAUUAAACAUACCCUCAUUUUUUUUCUUUUUCUUUUCCUUUUUUUUUUUUUUUUUUUUUUUUUAGUACAGAGUUUUUAGUUUCUUUUUCAUGAUGUGGUAACUACGAAGUGAUGGUAGAUUUAAAUAAUUUUUUAUUUUUAUUUUAUAUAUUUUUUCAUUAGGGCCAUAUCUCCAAAAAAAAAGAAAAAAUACAAAAAACAAAAACAAACAAAAAAAAACAAAAAAAAGAGGGUAAUGUACAAGUUUCUGUAUGUAUAAAGUCAUGCUCUAUUUCGGGAGAGCAGCUGAUCACAAUUUGCUUCAUGAAUCAAGGUGUGGAAAUGGUUGCAUAUGGAUUGAUUUAGACAAUGGUUACCAGUACAGACAAAAAGAAAAAAAUACAACUAAAAGGAAGAAACACAACUUCAAAGAUUUUUCAGUGAAGAGAAUCCACAUUUGUAUUUCAAGAUAAUGUAGUUUAAAAAAAAAGAAAAAAACUUGAUGUAAAUUCCUCCUUUUCCUCUGGCUUAAUGAAUAUCAUUUAUUCAGUAUAAAAUCUUUAUAUGUUCCACAUGUUAAGAAUAAAUGUACAUUAAAUCUUGUUAAGCACUGUGAUGGGUGUUCUUGAAUACUGUUCUAGUUUCCUUAAAGUGGUUUCAUAGUAACCAAGUAACAAGAAAUAGGGGAAAAACAGCCGUGUACUAACACAGCCCCUCAUUAAGAAACCCUGAGGUCGGGAGGGACCUUUAAGGGUUACCUACUUGAGAGUGGGGAGCAACAGUUUGAUUUUCUCAAAGUAUUUAGCUAAUCAGUUUGUUUGAAGCAAUCAACUCUAACAACACUGGGGUCUGAGAAUGUUCGGUGUGCGUGGGAGGUGGCUGCCGGCCCUUAACGUGAGAUCCCAGGAGCUCACUGGCCUGCCAGGUUAACACCCUGCCUUCUUCUAUCCCCAUCUUAAUUUCGAUCAGAGUUCAAUCUAUUCCAUGUUUCUCUUGUGUGCCUCAAAGUUAUUUUGCAUUAGUUUACUCCACCGUGUAUAAUAUUUAUAUUGUGCAAUGUUAAAAAGAAUAUGUUAUAUUGUAUGUGGUGUACAUAGUGCAAAGUGAUUAUUUCUAUUUCAGGGCAUAUUAAUAUCCUCAUAUUCCUUCCUACCCGGUGCACAGCAGCUUUUUAAUACUUGUCACUUCUAAUUUAAACUUUUUCUUCCUGGGUCGUUGACUGCUAUUGUGUAACAAUCAACUUCUUUGAAACGGCUGCAGAGUUCAGCUGUUAGUGGACACCCUUCUGACUCUACCUCUUCGCACCACCUUACAAUCUCAGCAGACUCAGAAAUUCCAAGUCCAUUCGCCAGACCUCUUACGCGGGCGCACAUUACUCAUGGUAACACACGGAAGAGUUAGACGAGAGCACUCGGUGAUCAUCGGAGUGUGAAACAGGACUCCAGUGUUAUAAGAAAAAAAUUUUCUGCAAGCACUGUCAUCAUCUGGCAACUCCCACAUUACUUAGUCUUCUUACAUAAUAAGGCAGCCAAAUAUAUGUUGAAUUUAAAACCCAUUUAUAAUUCUACUUUAAAUACAUCUGCUUGCUAAGAACAGAUUCUAGUGCUCCAACCUUCAAAUAUGGAGAUUUGUAAGAGGGAAUUCGAUAUUAUUCUAAUUUCUCUCUUACAGAGUGUGAAUAAGAGGUAUACACAAACUUCGAAGCUUGUCCAUCAAAAGAGUAAAAUCAUUACAAAAGACUUAUUGUCACGGCUGUUAUCGAUACCUAGAUUCUGAGCAACAAGAUUUUACAUACGAUACACAGCAUAAUCUCUAUAAUAAUCCAGGAAGAUUUUAGCAUCCUUUCUACAUUUUCACCCCAGAAUGAAGACUACAGAAGCCCAUGAAGAACUUACAGCCUGCCUGAGAUCAUCUUGCCUACAAACUGAGUUAAUGCUUUGUCCUAAAAAUGAGUUGGUUUUUUUUUUCCUGAGGCUUUUCAGAAAUUUACAGGAUGCCCAUACUUUAAAUGUGUACCAAAAAAAAAAAAAAAAAAAGAUUAAAAUAAAGGUGCAAAGAAAGUUUAGUAUUUUGGAAUGGUGCUAUAAAGUUGAAUCUGUUGGUAUUUGAGUGAAUUUUUUAAUGUCACAUAAGAUAUUACUGGGUGGCAUGUGUGCAGAAAUAACUAUCAAAUGUUUUGUUUGAGAUUGAGAAUGAUAUAGAAUCAGUUUUUAUUGGUGAAUGUGGCCUAUUCAAAAACUAGUUAGGCAGUUUUUUUCAAGUUAUAAUGGAGAACGAUUUUUUUCU